ACUUCGCUUCAAUACGCAAACAAAGUUUAAGCGAGCUUUGGAAUAAUGCAUAGUUAUGCAGGCUAAAGGAAGUGAUCAAAUGUGAUGCAAAAUCAAGUGAAAGUUGUGUGUUUUAUCAGAGGCAGAAUCCAGAACUGACUCGUUUGUCGUGAACCCUGUAUUAAAUUUCACCUGAUAUUAUCACCUACGUCGAGAUCUGCUGAGGAACAGUACCACGACUGAAGCCAUGCCCUGCGUCCAGGCUCAGUAUGGCUCAUCUCCGCAAGGCGCUAGUCCUGCGUCUCAGAGCUACAGUUACCACACAAGCGGAGAAUACAGCUGCGAUUUCCUCACGCCAGAGUUUGUGAAGUUCAGCAUGGACUUGACCAAUACCGAAAUCACCGCCGCCACCACCUCUUUGCCCAGCUUCAGUACAUUCAUGGACAACUAUAAUACCAGUUAUGACGUGAAGCCACCCUGUCUUUACCAAGUACCCCAUUCUGGAGAGCAGUCCUCCAUCAAAGUGGAGGACGUCCAGAUGCACACAUACCAUCAGCAGAGCCAUUUAGGCCCGCAGUCCGAGGAAAUGAUGGCCCACCCCGGGCCUAUGUAUUUCAAACCGUCAUCACCUCAUGGUCCGGGACCGGCGAACUUCCAGGUUCAGCCCAAUCACAUGUGGGAGGACCCGGGCUCUCUUCACACUUUCAUCAGAACUAUAGUGACCUCUCACAUGAUAGAUCAGCGAAAGAACCCCGUGUCCAGGCUUUCCCUUUUCUCCUUCAAGCAAUCUCCGCCCGGUACACCUGUUUCCAGUUGUCAAAUGCGCUUUGAUGGGCCUCUCCAUGUGUCCAUGCACGACAGUACCGGGGCGCACCGAACCCUGGACAGUCAGAGUUUCGCAGUGCCCAGUACCAUCAGGAAGCAGGCGGGGAUCGCUUUCACCCACUCACUCCAGCUCAGUCACGGUCAUCAGCUGAUGGACAGUCAGGUGCCGUCACCUCCGUCUCGGGGAUCUCCAUCCACCGAAGGUUAUGUGCGGUGUGGUGGGGACAACGCGGCCUGUCAGCACUAUGGAGUCCGAACUUGUGAAGGGUGCAAGGGAUUCUUUAAGCGAACAGUACAGAAGAACGCCAAAUAUGUGUGCUUAGCCAAUAAAAACUGUCCUGUGGAUAAACGUCGGAGAAACAGAUGUCAGUAUUGCAGAUUUCAGAAGUGCCUGGUGGUCGGGAUGGUGAAAGAAGUUGUCCGGACCGACAACUUAAAGGGUCGUCGAGGCCGUUUACCCUCCAAACCCAAAAGUCCUCAGGAGUCUUCGCCCCCUUCUCCGCCAGUCAGUUUGAUCAGCGCUCUGGUCAGAGCUCAUGUGGACUCCAACCCCAUGAACAGCCUCGACUACACCAGAUUCCAAGCCAACCCGGACUACCAACUGAGUGGAGAUGACACACAACACAUCCAGCAGUUCUACGACCUCCUCACCGGAUCCAUGGAGAUUAUCCGCGGAUGGGCAGAAAAAAUUCCCGGCUUUACUGACCUUCCCAAACCAGAUCAGGACUUGCUGUUCGAAUCCGCCUUCCUCGAGCUUUUCGUGUUGCGGCUAGCGUACAGGUCCAACCCGAUGGAAAGCAAACUCAUCUUCUGUAAUGGUGUGGUGUUGCACAGACUGCAGUGCGUCCGUGGAUUUGGCGAGUGGAUUGACUCUAUAGUGGAGUUCUCGUCUAAUCUUCAGAAUAUGAAUUUAGACAUAUCUGCUUUCUCAUGCAUCGCCGCCCUAGCUAUGGUCACAGAGAGACACGGACUGAAAGAACCUAAAGAGUUGAGGACUUCAAACAAGAUAGUAAAUUGUCUGAAAGAUCAAGUUACUUUCAACGGAGGCGGCUUGAAUCGGCCAAACUAUUUGUCCAAACUAUUGGGGAAACUGCCUGAACUGCGCACACUGUGCACACAGGGUCUGCAGCGCAUCUUCUACCUAAAACUAGAAGAUCUCGUCCCACCGCCAGCAAUAAUCGACAAACUGUUUCUUGACACUCUGCCAUUUUAAACAGAGAGUGUGAAAAAAACUAUUUGAAACAACCUCAGAGAACUUCCACAGACUCUCUCUAAAAAACUGAAAGUCUGAUUUUUAAACCACCUUGAUUUUUUAAAACGACCAGCCAUCGCCAAAUGACGUGCGCUUUCUGAAGGAGGAUCAUACAUUCAAAGCAAGGAAAACAAGAAAACAAC